AUGAACACCUCUCGCCGAUUUCAGCAGCGACAUGAUGAGGAGCAGCAGACAUUGAUCGGAGGAGAACGAAAUGCCACACAACCCGCGAACGACGACAGCACCCUCCUCAACCGCCGCACCGUCCGCAAACUCGACACCAUCCUCCUCCCCUUCCUCGCCCUCCUCUUCCUCCUCAACAGCCUCGACAAAUCCAACAUCGGCAACGCCGAAACCGCCGGCUUCACCCACGACACAGGCCUCUCCCGCAACGAUGUCAACACCUCCAUGGCCGUCUUCUUCUUCGUCUUCGUGCUACUCCAGCCCCUCGGCGCCGCUUUAGGCCGCAAAUUCGGGAUGCGAAGAUAUGUGCCCAUCUGCAUGAGCAUCUGGGGCCUGACGACAAUUCUGCAUGUCUUUGUGAGUGAGCGGUGGCAUUUGAUUGUGUUGCGGGUCAUGCUGGCGGUGCUGGAGGCGGGGUUUUAUCCUACGACUGUGAGCUAUAUGAGUUUGUUUUAUACGAAGUAUGAGUUUGCGUUUAGGUUGGGGUUCUUUUAUGGGAUGAGUGCGGUGUCGGGGAUGUUGGGGGGUGUGCUGAGUUGGGCGGUUUUCUCGCAUUUUGAGGGGCAUGGGGAUGGUGGUGGGAAUACGCCGGAGCUGCCGCCUACGAGGAGGCAUGAGGAUAGACCGGAGGGGUUGAAGAGCUGGGAGAUUUUGUUCUUGAUUGAGGGCUGUAUGACGAUGGCGGUGGCGUUGGUGGGAUUCUUUUGGUUGCCAAAGUCUGCGGAUACUGCGUGGUUCUUCACGAGAGAGGAGCGGGAUCAUGCAGAGCAGCGUAUGCUGGUUGAUACACUUGCCAUAAGUGAGCCGCAGAAGUCGAAUGAGGAUAGUCCUUCGAGUGCGAGCAGAUAUGGCGAGGAAGAUGACCGAGAGCGACCGAUGCCUGUCCAAGGAGAAGGCACGGGAGAUGGUGAUCACGAACGAUUGCUAGGUGGAAACAAUCUACAUGAAAUUCUACGAAGAACAGUUUCCGGUGUAUCUGGUCAUCCUAUAACAGAGGAUUCCGGUCUGACCAAGCAAGACAUCUUGUCCGCUAUCUUCAACUACAAGAUCUGGCACCUGCUAUUCGUCAACAUCCUAAGCGCCAUACCUGCGACCGCAUUCGGCGUACUCUUGCCAAUACUGGUCAAAGAGCUCUCUCCAUCUCUGAACCUAUCCCCAGCAGCAUCGAAUCUGCUGUCUGCACCACCCUUCGCGUUCGGUGCUGUCGCACUCUUCGUGUUCACCAUCUGGUCAGAUCGCAGCCGGAAGCGGUUGACACCAGUUCUGUGGGGCCUCGCUCUGCUUCUCAUCGGGUUGAUGAUGACCAUACUAUCGCCGUUGAGCAACUACUGGCUACGCUACUUCUCGCUUUGUGUGCUACUCUCUGGCUCAUACAUAGCCUCGCCGCUCACUGUGGCCUGGCUGACAAACAACACACCGGAGCCUGGGAAGCGCGCAAUUCUACUCGGCAUCAACGGCUGGGGCAAUCUGGCAGGCUGCUUUAUGUCAGUGCUCUUCACGCCGGAAGGCGAGGAGACUGGAUACUUCAGAUCAUUCCUAAUCCUGCUGAUCUGCGUCCUGAUCUCGUUUGCCGGCUUUGUCCUGUUCCGCGCCAUCCUGAUCAGGGAGAAUCGGUACCGAGACAAUGUCCUGCGCAGCUGGAGCGACGAGGAGAAAGAGCGUGAAGAGCUGGUGGGAGACAUUCCUGCACCUGACAAUUUUGGCCAACGUCUGGCGCGAAAGUUGGGCUUGUUGGCGCUUGCGAAGAGAGCUGGAUCGGACGAGGCGAGGAAAGGAGAUGAGAAGCUGACUUAUAGAUAUAGCCUAUGA